AUUUCAUGUUUUCUAGGGAUGGACUUGUGUGUCAGCUGUGUCUUCCCACAGCUAUUGCACAUGCAAAGACCUACACUGAGCUGGCAGCCAUAGCAUUGCUGGGUCCAGAAUUUUGGGUCUCCAAGUACCAUCAGUCGAAGUCCACAGUUAUACUCGCCCCUCCACCCACAUCCCCGUCCCGUAAACAACAACACAGACGCAGUGAUCCCAUCCUUAUUGCAAGGCCAUCCUUGAGCAGCCACAGCAGCCUUGAAGAGUCCCCAAAGACAGACAUGUCCUCCAAAAAUGUGUCCCUUCUGGGAACCAGCCCACCUCCAAACUCCAACACACAUGGGAUACUGGAGGCACAGCUGCAAGCCCUGGAGAGCAGUGUGAGGAUAAGGCCUUCAGCUGAGCCAUCUCCAACCCAAACCAGCUGGGCUUCCUGGGGCUGGCCCCCACACAGUCCAGACAGGAGUUACUAUGCAACAACCAAGAACCCCCCCAGCCCACAGAGGAAGCCAAGUCUGGAGUUCCUGAACCCCGUGUACUUCAGUGAGAACAUCCCCCCUCCCACCACACGUGCCCCUCCCAGGCCGGCAGAGUACCAGACUACCACAACUAUCACAUCACAGGUGGUGACAGCAGCUACAGUGUCAUCUUCUCAUCACCAGGAUACAGACAGGAGUGACUCCUCAGUAUCUCUCCCCGCUCCGCCCAGUUUUGCCAGGAGGAGGCAAGGUAACCUGUCUGUCACCAAGGCCGACAGGGACUCCGGCUACAAAACUCCUCCUCAUGCACUCUCUGACCAUGAGGGAGAAUUCAUUGAUUACUCCAAACCAAAGAGGAAAGUAUUUGUGAACAGUAUAGAACAGGAGACGAGUGACCCUGGGGUGGGGCUGUCGGUGGAAUCUAUCGAUGGAGAGGAGACUCAGACCAGCUCCACCCCAUCAUCAGGGUACGGGGAGACCCAGAGAACUCACAGCUCCCUGUCCAACCAGUGGUCAGAGUUUGAUCCUCUUGUGUCUAUCCCAGAAAUGGGCAGUCUGGAGGAUUCUCCCCGACAGGGGCUGGGUGUGUCCCCAGCUACCUUCCAUAGAACACAGGACACUGUCCUCCACCAGUCCUUACAGAACAGGUCCAUGCUGUCUGAGACAUCUGGUGCAGGGAAGGUGCAGACGUUCUACCCCAGGCUGCUGGACGGCCAGGGUAAGGAACACUCCACUCAUGGGAAAAGGAGCCAGAUGUCAUCCUCGGGAUAUGCAGAAAUUGAGGAGGUCAGCCCCGGAAAUGGUCACAUCCCAACUCAGCCUGAGGGCAGCAGUGAUGAGACAGAUGAUGACGUGUUUGACGGACGCAAAAGAGGCAGCAAAAACAUCCUCCCAGCCAAGAAGCUUCGGCACAGAGGCAGUGCAGCCUUUAAGCAAAUCAAAGCUUCUGCCCUGAAUUUGAAGAAGAAACCUGGAAGAGAUUCCACCACAAAAAUACAGGAGCACAUUAUCAAACUGGCUGAUAAUAAGAACAGCACAUUUGGGCUGACCAUCGACAACUUCAUCCAGUGUACCCAGGAGAGUGCUGAAACCAACCCUGCUGUAGUCAUCAGAAAUGUGCGACAGUUCAUGAGUGGGAUGAAGAACUACCUGCUGACCCAGGGGGAGGCCAACCUGGAUGAACUCAUACAUAAAGAACAACAGAAGCAUGACCGUAGGAAUCCCCUGCCUCUGGACACCAUCAUUGAAGGUGCCUUGUACGAGUGUGUGCUGAAACAUCUCAGGUCCCACCUGUACAAGUGCUACAUCCAGCAGUACACCAAGACUGGGGAUCUGGACAUUCUCACCAGGAACAUGAAGGCUGCCAGACGUCAAACACCCGAGGAGCUUGGAGUUAAGGCCAGCAUUGUUCCCCCCACUGGCUCCAGUCUAGAUGUGAUCAGAGAUUUCCUGCACUGUAUGGAGCUGGAGCACUCCCCACCCAAGAAGUUGGAGUACCUUCUGGCUGCUGUGUCAUCCAUAUACAACAGUGUAAAAGACACCAGUAGACAGGAGAGCAGCACCCUGUCUAUGGGAGCUGAUGAUUUCCUCCCAGUGUUUAUCUACGUGCUGGCCCACUGUAACCUGACCCAUGCGGAGAUCGAGGCAGAGUACAUGUGGAGCCUGCUGAACCCACACCUGGUGAACGGGGAGGGGGGGUACUACCUCACCACCCUCAGUAGUGCCAUCCAUGUGCUCAAGAACCUGGAGAACACCGAACCAACCACCGGCAGGGAGCGAGUACCCAGUGUGAGUGACGUGCAGGGUUUCAUGAAGAUUGCCAUCUUCAACCAGCGUCAUGGCACCAUCGUGAACAAGACACUACCUGUCAGGCAGGACAUGACUGCCAAGGAAGUCUGUUGCAUGAUCAGUCACAAGUUUAAGCUGGCAAAUGCAGACAACUUCAAACUGGUGCAAGUGGUAAAAGGAGAAGAAACCCUCAUCCCAGAUAAUGCCUUCCCACAGUCAGUCCGACUGCAGCUUGAAGCAGAAGGAAAGCCCUGCAUGUUUGUGUUCAAGAGCAAAGGGUCAAAAGUCAUCAGACCAGCUGCCAGAUGACAUCACAACAUUGGAUGAUGCUGUGAUGAAAUAUUUCAGUACCAGUAUAGGAUUUGUAUAGAAAACAACAUCCAUAUAUUUUGAAAUCUUGAUCUUUGUUAAUAACACAAUCUGCAGUUGGUACAAAGAUUUUCUGAAAAUAUAGGAAUGUUAUUAAGUGUGAUGCUGAAUAAUGAAACAUUUUAAGGUAUACUAGCUUGCACUGUUUAUAGCUUGCCUUCCUACACACCAUAUGUGUCUACCCCAGGCUCUUCCUGUAAUAGGAAAAGCACUGCUAGUACUAACACAGUGGCUUAUCAGUGCAUACUGUGGUCUUGAUUCUCAAGAUUAUUGUUUCCAGACCCAGGCUGUACCCGCACAGUACUACAGGAUAACACACAACACUGAAGAAUGUACUCAAGGGCUAAUAAGUAUAACUAUUAUAUUUUUGCUGUAUGUGUAGAUACAUUCUAUAGGAAUGUCCAUGUUCUAAGAUGUUUAAAUUUAUACAGUAUCUACAUGUACUAACAUCUGGUGCUUUCAAACUACUGUCACUAAAUGAUUAAGUCAUAGAGGUUGACAUUUGUACUUCUUACUUGAUGGUGGAAAAUAAGUCUGAAUGAACAACAAACAGUAACGGUCAGGCUUUUAUGGAUUUCUCUCAGUAUUGGUGCUCAGGUAGCUGAUCUGUUUUCAGUUGUGUAAUCUGUUUAUGACUUUAUAAUCUGUUUAUUUUCUUUCACCUGUUGAUUUGUUUUAUAAAUGUUGUUCUAAUUUGUACUAAUUACAUUGCCUAUGUUUUCUCUUGUUUUUUAAUAUCUUCAAGUUACUGUUGCAGUUGAAUAAUUUACAAUGUGUCAUGUGGAACGGAUUGUUAACCGCUUUAAUUCUUGUGAACAGGAAGAUAAAGAUUAACUGAUCAUUGGUGCCAUGGGUGAGUGAAAGUGAUCAUCACUCAUCUUGAUAAUUUUGUAUUUAUUAACAGAUGAUUGAUAAAUUAGUUUAUUAUCUUCAAUCAGAUGUACAGCUCUUCAACAAGUGUAUAAAGUAUGUUGAGCUGUUUAAUUUGUUCAUCUGAGAUGACACACCAAAUCAAGAUUUUCUAUUGAUGCACAAAUUGCAUGCCAAAUAAAGUUGCACUUCUACA